UCUCUUUCUCUCGAGUCUCGACGGACGGAUACAUCUUCCCCUCCGCCACUUUGCUACCGUACCAGGGCGUCUCCUCUCAUGAUCAUCGUCAUGUCCUCCUCCUGCCAUCCCCACGACCACCACCACACCAAGUCGCCGGAGCCCACCUCCGUGCUCUACAACCGCAGCCCAAGCCCCCCCACCUCCUCCUCCCUCGGCUCCUGCUCCUCCAAACCCCUCACUACCACCGCCGACGACUGGGAGGCCGUCCUCGGCGACAUGGUCACCCCCGCCGCCCUGCCCCAGGACAGCUCCUUCCUCCGCUGGAUCAUGGACGCCGGGUACGCCGACGGCGACGGCGACGGCGACGCUUUCGGCUUCAAAGGCCCCGCCUUUCCGGACCCCUUCGACUCCCUGCUCCCCCCACCACCGCAGGACGACCCUCCCCAGGCUCAGGCUCAGGCGCUCGUGGACGAACUGCUCGACGCGGCGCGCCGCCUCCACGCCGGGGACUCCACUUCCGCAAUGGGGAUAUUGGCGCGGCUCAAUCAUCGCCUCCCUUCGCUGCCGCCGCCGGGCCACCCUCCUCUCCUCCGCGCCGCCGCUCUCCUCCGGGACGCCCUCCUGCGCCUCCUCCAGCCCACCGCCCUCCCGCACCAGGCCUCCGUCUCCUCGCCGCUCGACGUCCCCCUCAAGCUCGCCGCGCACAAGGCCCUGGCGGACGCCUCCCCGACCGUGCAGUUCGCCAGCUUCACAUCCACGCAGGCGUUCCUCGACGCGCUCGGCGCCGCACGCCGCGUCCACCUCCUCGACUUCGACAUCGGCUUCGGCGGCCAUUGGCCGCCGCUCAUGCAGGAGCUCGCGCACCAGUGGCGCCGCGCUGCCGUGCCGCUGCCGCCGCCGACCCUCAAGGUGACCGCAUUGGUCUCGCCCGGGACGAGGCACCCCCUCGAGCUCCACCUCACCUACGAGAGCCUCACGCGCUUCGCCGCGGAGCUUGGCAUCGCAUUCGAGUUCACCGCCCUCGCCUUCGACCCCCUCAGCGCGUCCCCGCCGAUGGGCCUGGCGGACGAAGCAGUGGCCGUCCAUCUCCCGGCCGGCUCCGCGACCUUCUCGCCGGCGCCCGCGCACCUCCGUGUUGUCAAGGAGCUCCGUCCCGCCGUCGUCGUGUGCGUCGACCACGGUUGCGAGCGCGGCGACCUCCCGCUACCGCACCACGCCCUCAACCUCCUGCGGUCAAGCGCGGCGCUUCUCGAGUCCCUCGACACGGCGGGCGCGUCGCCGGACGUGGUGUCCAAGAUCGAGCAGUUCAUCCUGCGGCCAAGGGUCGAGCACCUUGCGCUCGGCGGCGACAAGCUGCCCCCGCUGCAGUCCAUGUUCGCGUCCGGUGGGUUUGCGCCGCUGCAGCUCAGCAAUGCGGCGGAGGCGCAGGCCGAGUGCCUGCUCAGGCGCACGGCCAACCAUGGCUUCCACGUGGAGAAGCGCCAGGCGGCGCUCGCGCUGUGGUGGCAGCGGUCGGAGCUUGUGUCGGUGUCGGCAUGGCGAUGCUGAUCGACCUUCACUCUCCUAAUCUUGGGUUGCAAAACCUCAGCAGCCUGGUCCCUGGGGCAUACCACAGACUGGCAUGAUGAGAUGGCAUGGAAACAGAACUGAAGUGAAGGGUAACAUGUAUGCAUCCUCAUACCUACUAGUAAAAAUGCAAUUGUUUCUGCUGAAGGGUCGUCGUCUCUGAGAUGACACCAACCUUCGACCAUGUGCAUACACUAACUUUGCUGCUUGUUUCAUUAGCUAUUUAGGGAACAUUUCAUAAGGCAGAAGCUUAUAGCAAAUUGUCGAAGUUU